UCGACGUUCUGAGAUUCGCUAGCUCUUUACGACUUCACGCAUGUGCAGUAAAUGUUUUGCGUGGUUCUCGCUUGCAAAUUGUAACCGAAGUUAGCAUUGAAGCAGCUUAAUUCUGCUUAAAUAUAUUUAAAUAUAAUUCGUGAUCACUUUUUCAGUUAACAAUCCACCGGAAUAUCGAGUAUACGUUGUUUAAGAAUUCGUAUUUUUCUAACAAAUAUUGAAGUGUACAGAACGACCGAAUUACUGGCAGCAUGAGCCAGAAAGGUGAUCAUACAUACGCGGAUUCACUUCCAAAUAAACGCCCUCGUCUCAUAACGGUUCGACAACGAUCAGCAUCCAUGAUAUCCGAAGACAAUGUCGAUAUGCUGGAUGAGAGCGCUGUGAUUGACACACUCAACGAUCUGCACAUGCACGAUCAAAACGAGGACACUUUUCUGACGGCGGAUACGGAUCCGUGUGAGGAGCAAAAAGACAGUGAUAUCGUCGAUCGGGAUGAUGCGGAUUAUGUGCCCAGUAAACCCACGUUUUACUUGCGCCGUCAACCCAAACGCUUUGUCCAUGCGCGACCUUUUACCAAUGGUCUCAGCGAUAAUGCCACAGCCGAAUGGCUAAAAGAGCAUUUCCAUGCGAAAAGCGGUAGUCUGAUUCCCAAGAGUUUCCUGUGUGAUCGCUACGAGGAAUUCUGCACGCGGACCAAACGCAAACCAAUGAACAACGCCACACUGGGCCGAUUUAUUCGCGGCGUCUUCCCCAAGCUGGAAACUCGACGACUGGGAGCGCGCCAGCAAUCGCGAUACUUUUACAAUAACUUAGCCAUUCGCAACUCCAGUCCGUAUGCGGCCAUGAUUCGUCAGGAGAUGCAGUCGGUUAACAUUCGUCGUAACCGGAUACAGAGCACGCAAAACGCGCAAAGUCGGUCAGCCAGCCCAGCCGCCGAUGCGCAACUGGACACUGACUGUGCGUCGGUACCGAUCGUUUUCAAAAUCCCGCCCUACCUGCCCGGCUUUACACAGCGCCGAUUGGCCUAUACAUCAUACAGUGCCGUGCGCGAGAACGGUGAGCCUCGACUGGAGGAGGCACUAAAGCGUUUUGACGAUGAGGGCUGUGCGCAUGUACUAGCUACGAUGGAGCACAAUAAAGAGAAGCACCGCUCCAUGAUCCAUCCGGCACUGCUGGACAGUGUCAUGUUCAGUGCCCGCUUCCCGGCGGCGGUGGGCGUGUUGCCCAAUUGCGUGACGGAAGUGCAGGUGUCCCGGUUUCUGGUCGGACUGCGAGCACAUAUCGGAAUUCUCAGCAGUGUAUUUUUGGGAUACAACAUGACCGCGAUUCCUCACAUCUUGGAGAAUUUCUGGUUAAACAAAAAGCGAAGUGUGCAAGUUUUUGACACGGUGACCUUUGCCCCGUUAAUAUGGCCACCACUGCAAACCUUUAUUACCCAAGUAUACCGGCAUUUGUACGAAAGUAUUAUGGAUUUGUUUAUCGCGGAUUACUUGGUCCCUUUGGAUGAACAUGUUUGGGGUAUUCUAUUUGUGGUGGCCAGUAAGUACUAUCAGUGUAUGGAGUACGUAACACGCGGAUUACCCAACGAAUUGCGCGGUAUGUUGGUCAAUGGCGCGCAGAGCUUCGCGCAAUAUCUCCGUGACCUGCUCAAUGCCAACCACGAUGCUUGUUAUAUUUCCCUGACCUGUAUGGAUAAAAACGUCGUUACCUUGCUGACCGGUGCCUUAAACAACCUUAUGCGAAGUGAAUUACUGGAUUGUCUUCUAUGGCUGCAGCGUUUCGCGCUAAGUGAUCUUCUGACAGCGCUGCAGACGUUCGUCAGCUUCUCGGAGAUCAAACGCGAUGCGGUCACCGCGUGGGCUAAUUGGAUCAAGGGUCUGGUGUCGUCUUACGUGGACCGGUAUGCGACGACCGAUGACAAACUGACCACGCUGCGGUUAAUGGCUGGUGACUGGUGCCUUUUCAUGACCGCUGCCGAAGAUGCGAUGACCGGUUUUCACGGUGACCUUCACAUUAAAGCCGGUUUUUUCGCUAUGUGCGUCAGCAUGUUCUGUAUGGUGGUGUUGUCGGUUAUGAAGGAUAUUUCGGCGGGAACGUCUUUGGAUAUUUAUUCUAAGUUUGCUCGCCCAGUUGUUUCCGACAAUACGGAAGAUUUCAGCGCGUCUAUGGACUACAGCUGGUGGCCGGAUUUCCCCACCAUCUCCUCGAUGCCGAUUGCUGAGGAUAUUCUGCAGUCGGAAACAUACGUCCGGACCUUUCCCGCGUUAGCCGGUGUUGCGUACGAUAUUUCGGAAGCCCAGUUGAUGGAGGGCGUUCGGACCAGUCAUCGGGCGGGAAAAGGACGGAAUCGCUGGCUAGCCGAGGGCGAAUGGGAAUAAUGCAGCAUUUCACAUUCCAGGAUCCCCUUCGUUUGGCCUUUGAUAUGCAGUAACUAAUAAGUAAAAUAUGUACUUAAUAUUAUGCAGUAAACGAUUUAAUUGUGGGACAUAAGUAUUACAAACGUUUGUAAACGCAAGUUUCCGCAAUGUUUGCCAUAACAAGCUUUCAAUCGCGCGCCUCGCAUAGUGUUAACAUAUGGGCGUGUAUUGUGAGAACGUCGGGUUCAGACUGACUGUACGCUUUUACAAAGAAUGAGCACCAGUUUGCUGCAUCGUGUAUGCUGCUGCAUCGUUUGCUGUAUGCACUGCGUAUCGCUCUUGCAUACUGAGAUAUGAUUGUGUAUCUUCUUUUAAUUUGGCUCUUGAUUGCGUAUCCUGUGUGUUUGUUAUCACGAUGAAAUACUCGUAUCUUUUAACAA